AUGCCAGCGAGGAAGAAACCAUCGAGGAACAACCUCAAGAGCGGUAGAUCUCCGCGUAUAUCUCCAUCUCCUAAGCCCGUCAUCAACGAGCUCGAUAUCCAUUUGGAAGCCAAUGACGACGCAAAGAAGACAGCGCAACAAUCUUCCGAUCGCGGCUUCUUUGACAUUUGGUACCACAAGGAUAGAUCUGCAAUGAUAAUCUUGGUCAUCUUGUAUCUCCUACAGGGCGUACCCACAGGAUUAGCUUUUGGCAGUAUCCCUUUUCUUCUCAAAGCGAAACUCAGCUACUCGCAAAUUGGCUUCUUCUCGCUAUCUACAUACCCUUAUUCACUCAAGCUAUUCUGGUCACCCAUCGUGGAUGCUUGCUUUAAUCCCAAAUUGGGCAGACGCAAGAGCUGGAUCGUACCCAUCCAGUUUCUAGUCGGUGCAAUGAUGUACUGGAUGUCCUUCUGGAUCCAAGACAGUUUAGCGCAGGAGGUACCGGACGUCAAUUUACUCACUUUCACCUUCUUCAUGCUCAUUUUCUUGGCUGCAACUCAAGACAUUGCAGUAGACGGAUGGGCAUUAACCUUGCUCAGCAACGAAAAUCUCUCCUUUGCAUCUACAGCUCAGACUAUUGGCUUGAAUACGGGCUACUUUCUCUCUUUCACCGUCUUCUUGGCGUUGAAUUCGAUUGAAUUCAGCAACAAAUACUUUAGAUCAACUCCUUUAGAAGUCCCUCUAGUUACUCUUGGGGGAUACCUCCAAUUCUUUGGUGCAGUAUUCGUCCUGUUCACAGUCUGGCUUACGUUUUUCAAGAAAGAAGAGAAUGUCAUCACCGACGAGGAUGAGAUGGACAUCAAGAAGGUGUACAGCCAAAUGCUUUCUAUUUUAAAGCUCAAACACGUCCAAUCGUUUGUCAUGAUUCACCUCGUCGCUAAAAUUGGUUUCCAAGCAAAUGAAGCCGUCACUUCGCUCAAGUUGUUAGAGAAAGGGUUGAGCAAGGAGGACCUCGCUUUAGCAGUGCUUAUAGAUUUUCCUGUGCAGAUCAUUGGUGGCUGGCUAGCUGCGCAGUGGUCACAAGGUCGCAACCCACUCAAACCAUGGCUAAGUGCAUUCAUCGGCAGACUAGUCUACGCCGUUGUUGCGAUGCUAGCCAUCAAGUUUAUAGAACCACCAGUGACUGCGACGAUAUUCACAUCGGUGAUUGCAAUGACACUCGUCGGUGGAUUCAUGUCUACUGUCCAAUUCGUCGGCAUAUGCGCCUUCCACACCCAGAUAGCGGAUCCGCUGAUUGGAGGAACGUACAUGACCCUCCUCAACACAGUGUCGAAUCUUGGUGGAACGUGGCCGCGCUAUUUCGUUCUCAAGGCUGUCGAUGGACUCAGUAUCGCUACUUGUCACGUCCAUGAAGAGAAUGAGGACGUCAUCGUCAAGGCAGAGGACUGCAGUUCUGAGCAUGCCAAAUCUGUGUGUUCGGAUAUCGGUGGAAAGUGUGUUGUUGAACGCGAUGGCUACUUUGUCACCAGCACCAUCUGUGUUGUGCUCGGGGCUGUAAUUCUAGCCGCUUAUAUUUAUCCUACAGCGCGUAAACUGCAGCGUUUGCCUUUGUCUGCUUGGCGUAUAAAAAGCAAAUCAGCCAGUCAUACUGUUUAG